AUGGAUCGCGAACAAUUCAGGACAGCAGCUCAUGCUGCAAUUGAUGAGAUCAUCAAUUACUUCGACGGCCUCCCCAACCAGCGCGUCCUCCCGACUGUCGAACCGGGCUACCUGCGUCCGCUGAUUCCCGAGAACCCGCCGGAGAAGCCGGAGGAAUGGGCGCAGAUCCAAGCGGACAUCGAGGAGAAGAUCAAGCCGGGCCUCACACACUGGCAGUCGCCGAACUUCAUGGCGUUCUUCCCGGCGGGCGUGACGUACCCCAGCAUCCUGGGCGAGAUGUACUCGGCGGCGUUCACGGCGCCGGCGUUCAACUGGCUGUGCUCGCCGGCGUGCACGGAGCUGGAGACGAUCGUGAUGGACUGGCUGGCCAAGGCGCUGGCGCUGCCGGAGUGCUUCCUGAGCACGUCGGCGAACCGCGGCGGCGGCGUCAUCCAGGUGACGGCCAGCGACACGGUGGCGACGAUGAUGAUCGCCGCGCGCGAGCGCCGCGUCACCGAGCAGGUCGUCGCCGAGGGCCUGGCGCCCGAUACCGUCGAGUACGAGGACCGCAUGAUGGAGCUGCGGCCUCGUCUCGUCGCCCUCGCCAGCAACCAGGCCCACAGCAGCACCGCCAAGGGCGCCCUGCUUGCCGGCACCCGCUUCCGCGCCGUCCCCGCCAGGCUGGAGGAUAAUCUGGAGAUGACCGCCGCCGGCCUGCGCGCCACCCUCGAGCAGUGCGACGCCGCCGGCCUCACCCCCUACUUCAUCACCUUGGGCCUGGGCACCACCAACACCUGUGCCGUCGACCGCUUCGCCGAGAUCAAGGCCGUCCUGCGCGAGAAGGCCCACUGGCAGCGCAUCUGGGUGCAUAUCGAUGCCGCGUAUGCCGGCGCGGCCCUCGUGGCGGACGAGUGGCAGUAUAUUGCAAAGGAUUUCGCGGAGGGCGUCGAUAGUUUUAACAUGAACAUGCACAAGUGGUUGCUGGUCAACUUCGAUGCAAGCUGUCUAUUCGUUCGCAACCGUUACGAUCUCACCAACGCCCUUGACAUCACGCCCGCCUACCUCCGCAACCCGUACUCCGACUCGGGCAAGGUGACCGACUACCGCAACUGGUCCAUGUCACUGGGCCGCCGCUUCCGGGCGCUGAAGAUCUGGUUCGUGAUGCGCAGCUACGGCCUCAACGGUAUGAAGGACUACAUCCGCAAGAGCAUCGGCAUCGGGGAGGUGUUCGCCGAUUUGAUCCGCAGCCGGCCCGACAUGUUUGAGAUGAUCACCAAGCCUGCGUUCGCGCUCACCGUGUUCCGCAUCAAGAGCCCCAAGGCUGCCACCCCCGCCGCCGUAACGGGUGACGACGCGGCCGUUCUGCAGCCGGAUGAGGCGUCCAACGAACUGACCAAGGAGGUCUACGAGUUGAUCAACUCCAGAGGUGAGAUCUUCAUCACCUCGACGGUCAUUGCCGGCGUCUACGUCAUCCGCGUAGUCAGCGCCAACCCGGCCGCCGAGGAGAAGUAUAUCCGGCGGGCGUUCGAGAUCCUCGUGCAGACGACCGAGGAGGUGCUCAAGCGG